AGUAAACGAUAUUUUUAGUAUUGUAUUUGGCAUUCAAUUCUUUUGGUCAAUUUUAAAUAUUUGUACUCUCGUCUUCGUUUUAUCUAUAAAAAAUGAAAUUAAUGACAGGGUUGUUAUCCAAAGUAUGGUGUUAACAACAUUUCUAUUUCAAAUAUUUCUUUAUUGUCAUUUUGGAAAUGAAGUUAUGUUAAAAAGUUUGAAACUGGCAAAUGUUAUGAGUAUGAUGGAUUGGACAUUACUAACAAAAAACACAAAACAUGGUCUUCUUCUAAUCUGUAUACGUGCAAGCAAUCCGAUAAUUCUAAUGAGUGGAUCUGUUAUUCCUAUGACAUACGGCACUUUUAUCCAGAUUUUGAGAAUAUCUUACGCAACUUACAAUUUACUUCAAAAUACGAACGGAUAAUUAUUUAACCACAUAUAUUAUAUGAAAAAAAUUUACACAUGCAUAGCUUGAGAAUAUUUCAUCGAUUAAGACACUAUAAGAUGUUGGAAUUUCGUCUAUUUCAAAGUCAUCGAGCAAAACAACAAAUUUAGAGGAAUUGAAAUUAAUUUACUUUUUCAAAUUCGUAUUGAUCGCGCUUUUUAUUUCGGCAAAACAGAUUCAAACAAAUUUGAAAAUGAUUGUCUUUAUCAAUAAUGAAUUCACUUAAAUUGAAUCUUUGAAAAAUCGAACGUCAAAGUUUCCAUUAAAACGCUAUAACUUCUGCGACUAUCUCUUAAGAAAUAAAUGUAAAGCUGUCUGUAUCAAGUACAACUGUAAAAAAACCAAGUUUUUAUAAAAUAUUAAGGUUCUUAGAUAAACUUUUCAUGAUUAUUUAAUUAAAUUACUGUUGCUAAUUUUAAGUAGCUGCGUGCAAUAACUUUCAAACGAGAGACUUCUGACUCAAUAAAUAAACGCAAUAUCUACGUUCGGAUUCCGUAGUAACCCAGAUAGCAAGAAUACAUGCACAUUGAUAGACAUUUCGC